AUGGGAGUACAAUUAGUUGAAACCUCCCUGCCAAAUCCCCUUCUGCCAGACACGGUUGGACUUCUAUUGGGGAGGUCCUCGGUGGCACUCAGGGGCCUUACAAUCAUCCCAGGUGUAAUUGACUCAGAUUUCACUGGCACCAUCAAAAUUAUGGUUCAAGCCCUACAAGGCACGAUUAUCAUUAAUAAAGGAGAUAAAAUAGCCCAGCUGUUGGUUCUACCAAGCCUUCAUAAAAACUUCCCCGCGAGAAACCUAACCCGAGGCGCUCAGGGCUUCGGCUCUUCCGGGGAUACCUUUGAAGGCUUACAUUUGACGUUGCAAGAACGUCCUAUGCUAACCAUUGACAUCAAUGGCAGACCCAUUAAAGGCUUGCUUGACACAGGAGCAGAUCGCUCAAUCAUUUCACAAAAAGAUUGGCCUAGCUCUUGGCCCACAGAUGUGGCAUCCCAGAGCCUACAGGGGCUUGGGUUUGUCCACGCCCCUAAGGGAGACCCUGACUUAAAUUCAUCCCGAGAACUUACGCCGGAGGCAGAAGUGGCACUACAAGCAGUAGAGUGGGCCCUGACCACGGCCGCAUUAAGGCGUAUUAAUCCAGAAAAGACCUUCGCCUUAUUCAUUCAAGAACUUUAUAAUGAGACAAAAUGUCUGAAUAUAAAAAAUGUAGAAAAAACUCUAGUUAACACUUUAAGCCAUCACAAAACAUAUUCUAAAGAACUUUCUGAAUAUACAAAAAGUACAGAAAUUAGUACACCUUUCCUUAUUAAACAACAGAGAAUUCAAAAUGGUAAUAAGUAUAAGGAAUGUUGGAGAUCUUUUAUUCAGUAUUCACAAUUUGAACACCACUUGAGAAUUCAUAGUGGUGAAAAAUGUUAUGAAUGUAAGGAAUGUGGAAAGGUCUUUAAUUAUGGUUCAAAACUGACUCUACACUAGAGAAUUCGCUCUGGUGACAAACCCUAUGAAUAUAAGAAAUGUAGGAAGUCUUUUAAACAGCCAUCAUAACUCACUCAACAUCAGACACUUCAUACUGGAGAAAAACUCUAUGAAUGUAAGCAGUGUGGGAAAGCAUUUAUUCGUGGUUUUUAACUUACUGAACAUCUGCGAUUUCAUACUGGUGAGAACUAUGAAUGUAAAGAAUGUAGGAAGACUUGAAUGCAUCAAAGAGUUCACACUGGCGAGAAGCCUUGUGAAUGUAGGGAAUGUGGAAAGACCUUAAGCUAUCACUCAGGCUUCUCUCAGCAUCAGAAAACUCAUUCUGGCAAGAAACCUUAUGAAUAUAACUGUGAAAAUGCUUUUUGUGUCACCUUACAACUCGCUCUGCAUUGGAGGAUUCAUACUGGUGAGAAACCUUCUGAGUGUAAAAAAUGUGGAAAGACUUUUAGACAGUGCACAUACCUCAGAAGACAUCGGCGAAUUCAUAUUGGUGAGAAACCUCAUGAAUGUAUGAAAUGUGAUAAGGCCUUUAGACUUCAUUCACACCUACUCAACAUUAAAGAAUUUAUACUGGGAGAAUGCAGAAAAGCCUUUAACUAUCAUUCAAACGUCUCAUAUCAUCAGAGAAUGCACUCUGGAAAAUAUACAUAUGUCAAGACCUUUAAUCAUGGCUUACAACUUAGUCUACAUCAGAUUCUUCAUAUUGGUGAGAAACCAGUAAUGUUUCCUCUUCUUCCACAUCCUAGUGUGGCAUCAUGA